GUCACGAUUCCCAAACUUCCCCUAGUACCUGAAGUGUCCACUCUGAGAGCUCGGCGUGAUUGACACUUUUUCGUGUUGCUUUGUGCGUGGAUAUCGAGUGGCUCACUGCCGAAAACGGCUCAGAACAGAAGAGAAAGCCGGGUCUACAUGAUCGGCUCAGCUCCCACACCAAUGCACGCUUGUAAAAAGUGCUAGUCAGCCACGUAACGAAGGCAUGUGGUUGUUUUUAAGUUAGCCAGUGCUAGCUAGUUGAGCAGCGGUCAGUGCAUGGCUACGCAGAGACCAGUGUUGAAUCUCUCCCACGCAGACUCUUGACAUGGGGAGUAAAAUGUCCUUCAGCAGAGGAAGCAGUGACCAAAAUACAGUCUCUGAGUUAACCUCUGUGGCAUCGCAUCCUCGCAGUUCCGUUCAUGCCCCUUCAGACUGCAAGCAGAUACCUGAAGACAAGAGAUGCAGUGAGGAAGGCUUGGACUCCAGGUGGGGAGAAGAAAUGAAGGCAGCAGAACUGACUCAACCUGCAAUUGAAUUCCACUCAUCGGGGCACUCGGAGUCUGAUGGCCCUGUUAACUCCGAAACAGUAGGCGAAAUAAAUUGUCAGCACAGUGAACACAUAACGCCCCAGGUAGGGAUGGAAGCAAAGUCUCAAGUGAAAGCUGCAAGUGUGUCAUCUGCAAGCCGUGGACGGCGUGUGGAGGUCCGCAGAAGACGUGGGCGCCCUCGUAAAAGAAGGCCGUUGCUGACUGAAGGCAAAAAAGAUCCAGAGUCUGCUGGUCAGGAUGUAGUGCAGUACAAGGAGAUCAACACAACAGUACCGUUGCCAACAUGCUUAGAGAACCACAACAAUGGUAAUGUGCCCGACACAGUAGACGGCCCGCUUUUCAAUAAUUUACCUCAUGAGGACAUACCUGGUCCUCACACUGUCUCUGAUGGUAAAGUAGAAGACAGUGGACCUGUGCUGUCAAAAAGAAAAAGAGGAAGACCAAGAAAAACAGAAAUUGCAGCAGUUGCUAAGGCCGCUGCUGCCAAUGUUCCUAAUACUAAUAAUGUAAGCGGUCCUGUGCGGAGACUGAGGAGUAGGGGAGAACAGCACCCUGCAACUUCGGAAGGAAAGACAGAAUCCGAUAGCAAGGAAGUCUCCAAGAAGAUUGAAAUUACUCCUACAGAAUGUAAUAAUACAUUGAACUUUCAAGGUGUGAGAAGAAGAAGAAGAAGGGCUAAACUGACUGAUCAGCAAGUUCCAGCUAAAGUGUCCAGACUGGAUGUUUCCCAGGAAGCCUCGUCAGUGUUGAGCAAUGACACGUGCUGUGGGGAGAGAACAGAGACAGAUAAGCAGGUGGACCUCAACACUGACAAACAAGAGGCUGAUAAAGAUAGGAAGGACGAUCAACACUACCCACAGUCUGGAGAGGAACAUGAGCAGCAGACAGAACAAAAGGAAGAUCCAUUACCACAAACAGAACUGCCUUCCCCGCCAUCACCUGAGCCUAAAGUUGUUCCCUCAGAGGAUUUGAACCAUGUGAAUUUGGUGAACCCUUUUCAGAGUGAUGACCCUGAAAUAAAACAGUCAGCUGAAACGAAUGGCAUUGAGGAGGCCCAAUUAGAAAACAGUCUUGAAUCUCCAAAGAACGCAAACUUGCAGGCUACAGAAUCCUCUGGCACAGAUGUUGUAGCAGCAUCCCCCGAACAGCCACCUCAGCCCGUUGAGGUCCUCCCUGCUGUGAAGGCUGAGAAUAUAGAGGUAGCACUGGAUCAUGUAACUCCUGUGUCAGAGUCAAAUAGUCCCACAUCUUUACAAUACAAUGACAACAGCGCAGUUAGAUCUGAGGUUCAGUACAGUCAGCAAAACACUUUCAGGCGCAAGAGAGGUGGCAAGAGAAGGAGGAGGAUAAGUAAUGUUUUAUUACAGAGAGCACAACUGAUAGAAGGCCAUGGAGGCAGUAGUGACACUCAAAAAACAGACAGUGGUGAUGUAAAUAAGGAGGGCAACGCAAAUGACAACGUAAAUGUCAUUUAUAUUAAAAAAGGGGGGAAAACACUGUUGAAAUGUGGUUACUGCGGUCAGACAUUUAAAUUUCUCUCUCAGUUUGUCAUCCAUCAGCGCGUUCAUACAGGAGAAAGACCUUUCAAAUGUCCUGAAUGUGGCAAAGGUUUUAGCAAAAAUUCUAACUUAAAUCUUCAUCUCAAGACGCACAGAAAGAACAACAUGUAUCAAAAAUGUCCACUUUGCAAGAUCAAAUUCUCCUGCUCUGAGUAUGCCUCUCAUAUGAAGACGCAUGCACAUGUGCUGACCCAGGACUCUGAGAGCAACAAAUCUGAAAAGCACAGCCGAGGGAACGACCAUGAAGACGGUCCUGCACCUCACAGGCCAGUUUCCCCAGAAAAGAAAGAGAGAAAAGUGUGCCAGUACUGUGGCAAAACAUUCCGAUUUCCAUCUGCCCUCAUAAGACACGUGCGCGUCCACACUGGAGAGAAGCCUUAUAAAUGUGAUAUAUGUGGUAAAGCUUUCGGUCAGGCCUAUUUCCUCCGUGUUCAUGAGCUGACACACUGGUCUGUGAAGCGUUACAACUGCACGCGUUGUGAGAAAUCAUUCACUCAUUAUAGCAAUGCAAAAAAUCACAUUUGUAAACCCUCGGGAAGCAGUGACGAGUUACAGCCCAGCAGACGAGCAAAGCCUCCGCUAACGUAUACGUGCCACAUCUGCAAGAAUGUUUUUGACAGUCUGCAAGAGUUCAACAGCCACAUGAGGGCCCACACUGGUGCGAAGCUCUAUCGCUGCGUGUAUUGUGACAAGCUGUUUGGUGUGCUGUCAGAAUUUAGCUCCCAUCACAGUCAGUGCAGAGGCGGGAGACCCGCCUCCAGUUCUGCGAUUAAAGAGGAAGAGACAAUGUCACUAAUACAGUACACAGUGCCCGCACUUAGGUAUUCAUCAAGUCACAAUUCAGCGUCUCCUCUCACACCUGCAAAUUGUGAAACGCAGAAAAAAAAGGCCAGCCGCAAGAAACGCAUUGCUAAUUUAAAGAAGCCGUUCCAGUCAACGGUGAUACCAUCUCACCCUCUCUCACACCUCGUGUCAAAGUUAAACGAACUAGAUAACCGUUCUGACCCCAGGAAAUAUUUAUGUCCCAGCUGUGGGCGACUGUUUAGACACAUGGGCAGACUCCGGGCCCACAUGCUCACCCACGCACCGGGUCAAAGUUACACCUGUGCCUGUUGUGGUAAGACUUUAGAAAACUGGAAAAAACUGUGGCAUCAUCAGAGAGUCCACCGACAGAGACGUGGGCGCUUCACGUGUCCUCGGUGUGGACGAGGUUUUCGGUUUGUGGAGCUAUACAAGAAACACAUGAGUGAGCACCCAGAGUUCCAGUGGAUUCAGGUGAGGCCUAAGAAAGUGUUUCUGCCUUAUCAGUGUGAACAGUGCAGAUGCAGCUUUAAGACUCUUGAUUUGUUGUUCAAUCACCAGCUUUGUCAUUCCUCAACUCAAGACUCGCAAAAGGAUUCUGAUUUUGAUUUGUCCAUAGACGAUCAUACUUCACAGUCUAACAAGAAAAUGUUGAGCCCUCCUGCAGACAACUGCGUAGUGACGCUGCAUCCAGAACCUGAGGAAAAAGCCUUUCCUCUGAGCCCCUUAAUCAAAUUAUCAAAUCCAGUUCCUCAAGAGCCGUCUCCACCACCCAAGAGUUCAUUUGUCCAAAAUCACGAUUUGGGUUUGGAUAAGACUUCCCUUUGUCCAGGCAACACACUUUCAGUCCAAGAUAUAGAAACGAGUUAUGAAACAACAGGUGAACAUUCACAAGGAAAACCCAUUACUCCUUUGAGAACUGUGAAAAAACACGUUGCCCGAACUUCUAGCAUUUCAAAUGAAUCUUCAGACGACGUUAGGUGCGCUGUGUGUGGUAAUGCAUAUUCUGUCAUUUCAGACCUUUAUCAGCAUUAUUUGCAACAUGCAAGAGGUGAAGUGUAACAGCCUGAAAGGAGAUCCAGUCCCCCUUUUUACAGGUUGCAUAAGGGUCCUGUAGUCCUAGAUUAGACCAUGUAGAAACAUUGCCUUGUUUUAACACCUGGAAAAGUUAGGGAGACUGAAAUGCAUCAAAAAAGGAUUUGGAAGAUUUGUUUACACUCAGGUGUUCAACUGGUCACGUCUGUCAGUUUUCAGAUUGAAAACACUGAAUGUACGAGUUAAAAAACAGAAAACUCUGUUAGUUGUUGAGUACUGGAAACUGAAAUUAUACUUUAUGUAAAUGAAUAAUGCAAAAUAAGAGUUUGAUUUGAAAGUAUUUCUGCGAGUGAAAUAACCACUGAAACAUUUUGAGCCCUCGUUCAUCAUUGUUGCGCUGCAGCAUCUUUGCAUCUUUACUCCCCUGCAUAUCAAGCGCUGGACAAUAUCAAUAACAAUAACUGAUCAGAAGGGUGGAGGAAUUCAUUUAUAAACUCCUUGUUGCUGCAUUCAUUUGGCCGAACCUACAGAGAACUUUUGUUUGUGGAGAUUUUUUUCGUUCAGAUUUUGUAAUGCAUCUUGUCUUUUCAGUGAAUAGUAUAAAAAGUUAACAUGAAUACUAGCUGUGUAGUUUUACAAACACUCACCUUAUCAUGAUACAUACAUUCACUGUGUGGCCACUGUGAAUGUAAUAUGAAACGUGUGCAUUUCAAAUCGCACGUCCUUUCUUGACUUACAUCUGUGAAACUGUAACUCAAAAUGUUUCAGAAAUGUUCUACCAACUUCAGAUUUGUUCUGUCCUGGUCUCCAGUGAGGUGAAUAUGAGCUUUUCUGAUACACGUGUUUGAGUUUACCCUUUUUGUUUACUUGUAAUAAGAUGGCUGAAAUCGCUGACAAGCGCACAUUUUGCACCUGUUUUACCAAGUGCAACACAAGUGCUGUCCAAAAUCCAUUACUGUAAUUGGUUUUGGCAAUGAUGAUUUUGGUGGAAUCAUGAAAAAUUUGCAUUUUACACAUGAACGCCCUGCUCUGUUGUACAUGAAUUUCUGUUAUGGUUUGUCUUAAAACUAAUAAAAGUCACUUUUCUAUAAAUUUCUGAUGUUGCUUGCCGUAUUUGGAGGCCAAAUUGUGUGCAUACAUGUCAAUAGAUGAACACUCUUCCUCGAUAAUUAAAUCUAAAAAUAUUUACUAUGGUGAUAUGAUGCUGAAGGUCAAGGUACAAAAAUUCUUGUACUGCUGAUUAACAAAAAAAAUAACCGCAUAACCACAGUUUACUACCUGUAGUCUAAAGAGCUGUGUUUGGGGUUUGUUUGCUUGAAAAGCAGUUGCUGCAACAUAUUUUAACAGUCAACAUAUAAACUGUUAUUGACAUAAGAAACACGAGUUAUCUGAUUUUUCAAUUUAUUAAAGGGCGAUACAGCUUUCUGUCCA